AGAGGAAGUGAGCACAGGAGAUAAGAAAGAAGCCUAGAGCUGGCCUGCUGUGGACUGGGAGUCUGACCUUGCCAGGUUAGCACAAUGGAAAGGCCCCUACCAAGCUUCAUGGUGAAACGAACAGCUUUUAAUCCAAAUGACUGCCCUGCCUUAGUUUAAAGCUAAAGUUCUCUUUUCUGCUUAUUAUAGAUCUUUGAUAAGAAAUACAAUUGCUGAGAAGUCUAUUUUGCUUGCUGUUUGCUAUGAGCAUUGUAAAACCUUUCCUGAAUGUAACCCGCUGUGUAAUAGAAUGGAUUGUAAACCUACCUAAAUGUAAUCUGAUAUGUGAUAAAAUGAGUAAUUGCACAUAAACUAACCGGCAUUUCUCACUUCUGUCAACCUGCUUGCUUAACACAUUCCUCACCUACCCUACCCCCUUCCCCCUUCCCCCUUUCUCCUCCUGCCACAAGUAAUGGACAAAGCCUUCCCGCCAAAGGACAGACAAAGGACGCCCAAUCAGAGAACAACAAAUGUCCUUACUUUAAAAUCAACCAAUCAGGCACCUCAUAAUUUAAAACCUCCCCUGUGCUACUUGUCUCUGUCCAUAAAAGCACUGUACCAACCCUGAUCGUGGCCUCUUGCGUUACCAGCGACGAGUGCACAGAGGACCAGGUUCGAACCUGCAAUAAACGACCCUUGCCGCUUGGCUUUGACCUACGACUCUGGUGGACUUUUGUGGGAGGAUUCGGAACUUCGGGGAUUACAUUUGGAGGUCCCACCGAGAUCUGCCCCCGAGCCCACCAGACUUCUGGUCAACGGGUCCUUUCUGAUUCCGAUCGCACGCCCACCAGGAAGUUUGGCCCAGGUUGAGAGCCAUUUAUGAAAACGGGCCCCCUCCUGAGCCGCAUCACUACUGACCCAGAGAUUGGGUAUACGUGCGGAGACACAAGCAAGAGACCCUCCAACCACGGUGGAAGGGACCCUACAUUGUGAUCUUGACUACGCCCACUGCUCUCAAAGUCGACGGGAUUGCUACCUGGAUCCAUUACACGCACGCCCGACCAGCUGAUCCCUUUGCGAUUCGAGAAGACUUUGUGCCAGAAGCCAAUACCGCCUGGACGGUUGACCUGAGUGAGACCCACCCUUUAAAAUUAACUCUGAGUCGAAAACGACCCCAGAGACCAAACCCGCAACCUUAGCCCCCCCCCCCCCAACCUAAUCUCGCGCCAUACUCUCCUUAAACAUGAUCAGGGUAUUAAUCUCUAUUCUGCUGGCCCUAAACUUCAGACCCUUAAAAGGAGGACUAAAUGCCCCCGUUGACAAACGGAAAUUAUAUGAAGCUCUGUAUGGAAGGCCCUGUGAUUGCAGAGGUGGCAUAGUUAAAACCCUUACCCUGCCACAUGGUAAAAGACUAAAAACCAUAGCCGGCUCUAUAGGAAAGGGUGGUCACUAUCAGCAAAUAUAUACUCAAACCCAAGACUGUUGGGACCACAAUUGCUCACUUAACCUGGACCUAUGACAUCACAGGACCCCAAAAACAGCAAUGGAUAUGUGUUAACAAACCUAAACCCCUGCCCCCACAGCAAAAUGCCCUUGCUCUACUUUCCAGGAAUCGAUGCAUAGCUCUUGUUAUGACUCCUAUCAACAAUGUAUGGGGCCAGACAAUUCCACAAGCUACUUUACAGCUAUCUUACAGAGUACCAGGGCCGCAAAAGUUAGUGAUAAUAAUAUGCAACUUCAAGCUGGCUGCCAUGGUUUAGUUGGAGAAGCCGUCUGCUGGAACCCUCGAGCCCCUAUACAUGUGUCUGAUGGCGGAGGACCCCAAGACACUGCCAGACAGAUAGAAACACAAGCGAAACUUGAAAAAAUUGCAAAACAUAUGUAUCCACAGCUUAACUACAACCCCCUAAUUCUCCCUAAGCACAGCCCUUAGGAGUUAGACCCUCAGACGAUGUCUAUCCUACAAACCACUCUCUCGCUCUUAAACACCACUAACCCAAUUUUAGCCCAAGAUUGCUGGCUGUGCCUACCCCAACAAGCUCCCCGACCCAUCGCCAUCCCCGCCAUACUUAAUAUUAGUAUAACCGACGACUGCUUCCCUUCCUCCUUACCUCCACCUUUCCCUGUUCAGUUUAUCAGUCCGUUCAACACUUCUUGCUUCAUAAACAACUUUACCUCUCAGAACAACAGCAUAGAUGUAGGAAUCACGUCCCUUGCCCAAUGCCACCAGUACAUCACUAUCAACUCCUCCCUAUGCAGUACUAAUACUACUGUAUUCGUCUGCGGGAACAACCUAGCUUACACCGACCUUCCCCAUAAUUGGACCGGAAUAUGUGUCCUAGCCACCUUGCUACCCGAUAUCGACUUGGUUGCAGGAGAAACCCCCAUGCCCAUUCCUAGCCUGGAUUUUGUAGCUGGCAGAUCCAAACGAGCUGUAACUAUUAUUCCCCUCCUGGCAGGUCUGGGAAUUACAGGCGCUGUAGCUGCAGGGACAGCAGGAUUAGGAGUCUCUAUACACUCCUAUCAGCAACUCUCCCAACAGCUAAUCAACGAUGUCGAGACCUUGUCAGGGACAAUCCAAGAUCUGCAAGAUCAGCUAGAUUCCCUGGCAGAGGUAAUGUUACAGAACAGGAGGGGAUUAGAUCUGCUAACCGCAGAACAAGGUGGCAUUUGCUUAGCCCUGCAAGAAAAAUGUUGCUUUUAUGCCAAAAAAUCGGGAAUAGUUCGAACCAAAAUCAAACAGCUCCAAGAGGACCUCGCACGCCGACGGAAAGAAAUGGCCGAAAACCCACUGUGGUCAGCACUCCAUGGGUUUCUACCUUACCUUCUCCCCCUUCUAGGCCCCCUACUAGGUCUUCUCCUCCUUCUUGCCGUCGGCCCUAUUACAUUCAACAAAAUAAUGAACUUUAUCAGAGAUAGACUAAACGCCAUUCAGGUUAUGGUCCUUAGGCCGCAAUAUCAACUCCUAGAUAUAAAAAGCGAGCUCAAUUAAAUAACGCUGGAGGGCCCAAGAUUGGGUCCCCAGGUACUUGAGACAGGGGGGAAUGAAAAGAACAGCUUUUAAUCCAAAUGACUGCCCUGCCUUAGUUUAAAGCUAAAGUUCUCUUUUCUGCUUAUUAUAGAUCUUUUUUUUUUUUUAAUUUUUUUUCAAUGUUUAUUUAUUUUU